GCCGAGGGCGGGGGGGUGGCAGGGCGGGAGGCUUCGAGGCUCGCGGGGAGCUGCUCGUGCGGUGGCCUGCGGAGGCGGCGAUGAUGUGGAUGGAGAACCUAAUAAGGGGAAGGAAUCCCCCGCAAUACCAGAGAAGUCCCUGUAAAGAGGUUCGUGCAGCACUUCGGAAGAGGCCUGAAGAGGAGUUGCAGUGCCUGGAGAUGACCACCAAACGGAAAAUCAUCGGCCGUCUGGUGCCGUGCCGAUGUUUCCGAGGUGAAGAAGAAAUCAUUUCAGUUUUAGAUUACUCCCACUGCAGUCUUCAGCAGGUGCCAAAGGAGGUCUUUAACUUCGAACGAACAUUAGAGGAGCUUUAUCUAGAUGCCAAUCAAAUUGAAGAACUACCCAAGCAAUUGUUCAACUGUCAAGCUCUACGAAAACUAAGUAUUCCUGAUAAUGACCUUUCAAAUCUGCCAACCACUAUUGCUAGUUUAGUUAAUCUUAAAGAACUCGACAUCAGUAAAAAUGGUGUACAAGAAUUUCCAGAAAACAUAAAGUGCUGUAAGUGUUUAACAAUUAUUGAAGCCAGUGUCAAUCCCAUUUCUAAACUCCCUGAUGGCUUCACACAGCUCCUAAACCUGACCCAGCUCUACCUGAAUGACGCCUUUCUUGAAUUUCUUCCAGCCAAUUUUGGAAGACUUGUCAAAUUGCGGAUCUUGGAGUUAAGAGAAAAUCACUUGAAAACUCUACCAAAGUCAAUGCACAAACUGGCCCAGUUGGAAAGACUUGACCUAGGCAAUAAUGAAUUCAGUGAGCUGCCUGAAGUUCUGGAUCAAAUACAAAAUUUGAGGGAGUUAUGGAUGGAUAAUAAUGCAUUACAAGUGCUACCUGGGUCUAUAGGGAAGUUAAAGAUGUUGGUAUACCUGGAUAUGUCAAAAAACAGAAUAGAAACAGUUGACAUGGAUAUUUCUGGAUGUGAAGCCCUUGAGGACCUCUUACUGUCAUCCAAUAUGUUGCAACAAUUGCCUGACUCUAUAGGACUUUUGAAAAAACUAACUACUCUAAAAGUAGAUGACAAUCAACUUACAAUACUACCCAAUACAAUCGGAAAUUUAUCUUUAUUAGAAGAAUUUGACUGUAGCUGUAAUGAACUGGAGUCACUACCUUCUACCAUUGGUUACCUUCAUAGUCUUCGGACAUUAGCAGUUGAUGAGAAUUUCCUUCCAGAAUUACCCAGAGAAAUUGGAAGUUGUAAGAAUGUUACAGUCAUGUCUCUACGCUCCAACAAAUUAGAAUUUCUUCCUGAAGAGAUUGGACAGAUGCAGAAACUUAGAGUCCUAAAUUUGAGUGACAACAGAUUGAAGAAUUUACCAUUCUCAUUUACCAAACUUAAAGAGCUUGCAGCUUUGUGGCUUUCUGACAAUCAGUCCAAAGCCCUUAUCCCUUUACAAACAGAAGCCCAUCCAGAAACAAAGCAAAGGGUAUUGACUAACUACAUGUUUCCCCAGCAGCCUCGUGGUGAUGAAGAUUUCCAGUCAGACAGUGACAGCUUUAACCCUACACUGUGGGAAGAACAGAGACAACAACGCAUGACUGUUGCCUUUGAAUUUGAAGACAAAAAGGAAGAUGAUGAAAAUGCUGGGAAAGUUAAGGAUCUCUCCUGCCAAGCCCCCUGGGAAAGGGGCCAGCGUGGGAUUACUCUCCAACCUGCCAGACUGUCUGGCGAUUGCUGCACACCAUGGGCCAGGUGUGAUCAGCAGAUCCAAGAUAUGCCCGUCCCCCAGAAUGACCCACAGCUGGCAUGGGGUUGUAUAAGUGGCCUCCAGCAGGAAAGGAGCAUGUGUACUCCAUUGCCAGUUGCAGCACAAUCCACCACUCUUCCCUCUCUAAGUGGCAGACAGGUUGAAAUAAACCUAAAACGAUAUCCAACUCCUUACCCAGAGGAUUUAAAGAAUAUGGUAAAAUCUGUUCAAAAUCUGGUGGGUAAGCCAAGCCAUGGAGUGCGUGUUGAGAAUUCAAAUCCAACUGCUAACACGGAGCAAACUGUGAAAGAAAAAUAUGAACACAAGUGGCCGGUAGCCCCAAAGGAGAUUACAGUGGAGGAUUCUUUUGUUCAUCCAGCUAAUGAAAUGAGGAUUGGGGAACUUCACCCUUCAUUAGCUGAGACCCCUCUGUACCCACCCAAACUUGUUCUGCUAGGGAAGGACAAAAAAGAAUCAACUGAUGAGUCUGAAGUUGACAAAACUCACUGUCUGAAUAACAGUGUUUCCUCAGGCACUUACUCAGACUACUCGCCUUCCCAGGCUUCCUCAGGAUCCUCUAACACCCGGGUUAAAGUGGGGUCCUUGCAGACAACAGCUAAAGAUGCAGUACAUAAUUCUUUGUGGGGUAACAGGAUUGCACCGUCUUUCCCACAACCUCUCGAUGCAAAGCCAUUACUCAGCCAGCGAGAGGCUGUUCCCCCAGGGAAUAUACCACAGCGUCCUGACCGGCUGCCAAUGAGUGAUGCUUUCAAUGACAACUGGACUGAUGGCUCACAUUAUGACAACACAGGGUUUGUGGCUGAGGAAACCGCCGCUGAGAAUGCCAACAGUAAUCCUCUCUUAAGUUCGAAAUCUAGAAGCACAUCUUCGCAUGGACGUAGGCCUUUGAUCAGGCAAGAUAGGAUUGUUGGUGUUCCCCUGGAACUUGAGCAGUCUACACACAGACACACACCAGAAACAGAAGUGCCUCCUUCCAAUCCUUGGCAGAAUUGGACCAGAACCCCUAGUCCGUUUGAAGACAGGACCGCUUUUCCUUCCAAAUUAGAGACAACCCCCACUACUAGCCCAUUACCUGAGAGGAAAGAACAUAUAAAGGAAUCUACUGAAAUACCUAGUCCUUUUUCUCCAGGCGUACCAUGGGAGUAUCAUGAUUCCAAUCCCAACAGGAGUCUUAGUAAUGUCUUUUCUCAAAUCCACUGCCGCCCGGAAUCUUCUAAAGGUGUUAUUUCAAUUAGCAAAAGCACAGAGAGGCUUUCUCCCCUAAUGAAAGAUAUCAAGUCCAAUAAAUUCAAAAAGUCACAGAGUAUCGAUGAGAUUGACAUUGGUACAUACAAAGUGUAUAACAUACCAUUAGAAAACUAUGCUACUGCGAGUGAUCACUUAGGAAGCCACGAACGACCAGAUAAGAUGCUGGGACCAGAGCAUGGUAUGUCCAGUAUGUCUCGAAGCCAGUCAGUCCCGAUGCUGGAUGAUGAGAUGCUCACCUACGGAAGUAGUAAAGGGCCACAACAACAAAAAGCUUCUAUGACAAAAAAAGUCUAUCAAUUUGACCAAAGCUUCAAUCCUCAAGGAUCAGUGGAAGUGAAAGCCGAAAAGAGGAUACCACCCUCUUUUCAACACAAUCCUGAGUACGUGCAACAGGCCAGCAAAAACAUCGCCAAGGAUUUGAUUAGUCCUAGAGCUUACAGAGGAUACCCACCGAUGGAGCAGAUAUUUUCAUUUUCUCAGCCAUCUGUGAACGAGGAUGCUGUGGUGAAUGCCCAGUUCGCAAGCCAAGGGGCCAGGGCAGGCUUCCUGAGAAGGGCCGACUCCCUGGUGAGCGCCACAGAAAUGGCCAUGUUUAGAAGGGUCAAUGAGCCUCACGAGCUGCCCCCAACUGAUAGGUACGGCAGACCUCCAUAUAGGGGAGGGCUGGAUCGCCAAAGCAGCGUUACAGUGACUGAGUCCCAGUUCCUGAAAAGGAAUGGCAGGUAUGAAGAUGAACACCCUUCAUAUCAAGAAGUGAAAGCUCAGGCGGGAAGUUUUCCAGUUAAAAACCUUACCCAGAGGAGGCCAUUGUCUGCAAGAAGCUACAGUACAGAGAGUUACGGUGCCUCCCAAACCAGGCCAGUUUCAGCUAGGCCUACUAUGGCAGCUCUUUUGGAAAAAAUACCAUCUGACUAUAACUUGGGUAACUAUGUUGACAAGCCAUCAGAUAACAGUGAUUUAAAGACGAGGCCUACUGUGAAGGGAGAGGAGAGCUGUGGUAAAAUGCCUGCAGACUGGAGACAACAGCUGCUUAGACAUAUAGAAGCUAGACGGUUAGACAGGACCCCGUCCCAGCAAAGCAACAUUUUAGACAAUGGACAAGAAGAUGUAUCUCCUAGUGGCCAAUGGAAUCCUUAUCCACUUGGGAGGCGGGAUGUACCUCCGGACACCAUUACUAAAAAGGCAGGCAGCCACAUCCAGACAUUGAUGGGGUCCCAAAGCCUUCAGCAUCGCAGCCGGGAGCAGCAGCCAUAUGAGGGAAAUAUAAACAAAGUGACCAUCCAGCAAUUUCAGUCACCAUUGCCUAUUCAGAUCCCCUCUUCACAGGCCACCCGGGGACCUCAGCCUGGACGGUGCUUAAUUCAAACUAAAGGGCAAAGGAGUAUGGAUGGAUAUCCAGAGCAGUUUUGUGUGAGAAUAGAAAAGAAUCCUGGCCUUGGAUUUAGUAUCAGUGGUGGAAUCAGUGGACAAGGAAAUCCAUUCAAACCUUCUGACAAGGGUAUCUUUGUUACUAGGGUUCAGCCUGAUGGGCCAGCAUCAAACCUACUGCAGCCUGGUGAUAAGAUCCUUCAGGCAAAUGGACACAGUUUUGUACAUAUGGAACAUGAAAAAGCUGUAUUGCUACUGAAGAGUUUCCAGAACACAGUAGACCUAGUUAUUCAACGUGAGCUUACUGUCUAAAUAUUUUUUAUAAAUAGUGAAGAUACGUCUAGCCAGACCUAAUGUUCACAAAUAAAUUUAUACAUAGAAACAAACUUUGCCAAUUGCUGGACCAAUGGCAAACAUUAGUGCCAAAUGUAUAAUACUAUAUGUUAGCACUGAUCAUCCUUAACAAUGUUAACUCUAUAAAUAUGAUGUUCAUGUGGUUAUGUAUUAGUUUUAAUUGUCAGCCUCUGGCUGUGCAUUGGUGCAGUUUUGUUUCUGUUUUUGUUUUUGUUAUUAAUCAAAUAAGUUUCUUCUCAAAGUGGAUUUCAUAUAAUUUCGGAGCACGGAAGCACACACAAGCUCUUUAUGAAUUCUGCUCUCCAUCAGAAACACUGCCUCAAAGUUGUAUAUGCCUUUAUAUAGAAAAUACAAAUAUAAAGAAUUGUAAUUCCCAUGAAAUGUUUCUAGCACAAGGUAUAUGUUGGCAUAUAUACAAAAAGAAUAUAGAGAAAAACAAUAUUUUCAUAAGCUAAACAUCUCGGAUAGAGAAAAAAUAUAUCUUAAAAUAAGACUUUACUAUAUUGAAUCUUUUUCAAUAAAAAUUACAUGAUAAUGCCUUAUGAAAGUAACUGUACAUAUGGUAUAAAGUGUUUAUAUUUGGUUCCAUAUUCAUUUGCUAAAUUCUCAUAACACAGAGUGAAAUAUUUCAUAAAUUAGCCAUUUAUCUCUGGGACCCGAAUAAAAAUAGGAUGAGCUAAUUCGUUCAAUGCCUUUAGCUAAUUACAAUACAUGCAGCGUUUAGAAACAGACUAAAGGUCAUUGUAGUUAAGUCUUUUUCACCACAAAUUUAAGCAGUGGAUGAUGGGUGGCAGGAAAGGUAUUGCUUUAUUUCUUUCAAGUUUAUGUUGAUUAUAAACUGUAGCCCCUGUGAUUUCUUUACUUGUAAAUGUGGAAUUUAUUUGUGUGUUGCUUAAUCUAAUUUGCUACUUUUAAAUUAUUUAAAAUGAGUUUCAGAAAUUGAUAAAAUUUAUCAUUAAGAAAGACUGCUGUUAGAAAGUAAUGGUGGGUGAUUUUAAAUCCUUGGUAUUUAAAUAUGAAACUUCAAAUAUAAUUUCUCAGAGCUGUGGUUUACCUGUAUUAUUAAUUUAAAUGGCUGUUCUUCUGAGCAGAAAUAGAUAAAAUACUUUUUUUUCCAAAAACUGUUUCAAGGUAUGUAAAAUCCUGAAUGCUUUCUCACUGGAGAGAAAGACAAGAAUGGUUAACGUAGAAUUAUUUACUUUUCCAUUGAAGCUAUUUUCCUGUAUAAAUGAUCAAAAUUUAUUUUAUAAUCCUUCAAAAUAUUUAUCUUUCAUAUUAGUCAUUAGUUUGAUUACAAUAUUAAUUUGAAAUUCCAGGAUAAUUUCCCAGAGUUGUUUGCAUGCAUUCACUUUCAUAAUUUCACAUAAUUCUUUUGUUAUAUAAUGAAUUUACUUUACCUGCUAGUGUUUCAAGUAUUGUGUGAGGAUUUUCACAGUAGUAUCACUUAGCGAUGUCACCAAAGCUCUGAGAAUAAUAUUUGUAAGUUAAUUGUUUUAUGGGGACAUUGAAAAUAUUGUAUUUUUGUAGGGUCUAUUAAAAUGAGUGUCACUUACUAGAAGUACAGUGGUAUUUUUUGGCAAUAGAAUUUGUCACUUGAAGGCAAAUAAUACUUCACUUUAUAAAUGAUGCACUAAUUUUGAUGUUGCUUUACGUCAGGGUGACAUUAUACCGUAUUUUAUAGGGUUCAAUAAUUAGCUAAUGAUUAAAUGAUUGGCCUAUUUAAUAUGUUUCCCAGAAGUAACUUUUAAAUGCAUUUUAAUACAUUGAGAGUUUCAGGUGAGAAAUGUCUUUCAGAGCCUAAUUUUCUUUGUUGAAAACUCAUGUCAAGCCGCCAUGUCCAGAUGUCAUAGGAUGAUCAUCAUUAAUCAAGAUAGAGGCCUUUACUAGCCUCAUAAGAUUACUUAAAGAAAAAACAAACUCAUGGCUGUAGUUUUGUGGCAAUGAAACACUGAAAUCAUUCCAUCAGUUUUUCUUAAUCUUUUAUGGGAGGAGAGGGAGAAGAGCCAGAUAUAUACCUGCCCCAGGUCUUUUUCUUAUGUCAGGUUUCUGCGUCAAACCCAGGGCUUCAGGAGAUCCUUCUGAGGUACACAGCUGAGAGGAUCAUGAUCCUCAUAAACACCUCUGCCAUUCCUGAUGUGACAACAUUGUCCUGAGCCACUACUUUAGUACUUCCUGUGCUGCAGUUCAGAAAUGAGGAAAAGAGAGAAGGAAUCCUUGACCAACUGGAAAAGUUAUCUGAUAUGCCAAAGCACCUCACUGUCAGUUGUACUGCCGUGUUGCAUACUGAGAGCAGGCAGGUAAUAAUGAAAAGAGGCAGGCCAGGCGCGGUGGCUCACACUUGUAAUCCCCACAUUUUGGGAGGCCAAGGGGGGCAGAUCACUUGAGGUCAGUUUAAGAGC